AUGGCAUUUCAGCUGACAACCCGUCGUCGUGACAGUGGUCAGGAAGACCGUCGCCAUGUUCGAACGCAUAUCGUGUCAUAUUUUGCAUCUCACAAUCUCACCAGCCUUGACUCUGCCAAAGCUGAGAUGCUUACAUAUAUGAUAUGCGCCUUGCUCGGCUUCAUGUCCGUCGCUGUCAGUCCUGCUGGUGCCGCGCCGAGCAACCAACUCGUGAAGCGUUCGAAUCCUGUCGAGAUUCUCGGCUUCGAAAUCGGUGGCCCUGGCCAGCAUGUCAACUUUGUCAAGACGCUACAGAUUGUCUAUAACACAGAUACCGGCCUUUUUGAAGCAGGCAGACUUGCCGCUGGAGAUUACUUCCAGCAUGUGGACGUGAGAUGCAGAGGUGGCUUGCAUACCGGGAUCGUCUGGACGACUGCGGAUAGCAAAGGCAAUAAUGUUGAGAUCGACUUUGUCCUGUAUCAUCACGUGGCAGUGACGGUCGGUUUUCGCAUUGGUGACGACAGUUAUGACGGCGACUACUACUUCAACGGCUCCCACCUCCCGUUCAAGAUCUUUAGCUCGCGCGGCGUGGUCGCCAAUCGCCAUCUGUUCCCUCUCGAUAAUUACGGAGCGGGCACUUGGUGA